AUGUACUUUUUUCUUAGUAACCUCUCUGUGUUGGACACUUGUUACUCCUCCACCACUCUCCCGAUUAUGAUAUUCAAUUGUGCGACAGGCAACAAAAAGAUUUCCUUUGUGAAUUGUAUUGCACAGUUGUAUCUGUUCGUCUCCCUAGGUGGAGCUGAGUGUAUUCUUUUGGCUGUGAUGGCGUAUGACCGUUUCGUUGCCAUAUGCAACCCAUUACGUUAUCCGGUGCUCAUGAGAAUGAAACUUUGUGCCGGCCUUGCAGCUACAUCAUGGUUGAGUGGGUUUCUUGAUUCUAUCCUUCACACGGUCAUGGCUUCCAAACUUACAUUCUGUCAGAGGGAUGAGAGUGUAAAUAAUUUUUUUUGCGAUGUUCCACCAUUGGUACAAGUAGCCUGUAACCCCACCAAGACCAGCAAAAUAUUAUUAUACGUCGUCAGCGUGUUCCUUGGCUUCACCCCAUUUCUUUAUAUCGUUAUAACCUACGUCCACAUCAUCUCCACCAUCAUGAAGAUCAAGUCUUCUGAAGGACGAUCCAAGGCCUUUUCUACCUGCUCCUCCCAUCUCAUUGUAGUCACGGUGUUCUACAGCACAGCUAUCCUUAACUACCUUUCUCCAUACUCCGAGGAUCCUUUAGGUAGCAAAGAAAGGUCUCUUCUAGAAAAUUUAGCAUCUCUCUUGUACAGCAUUCUGACACCAGUCGUAAACCCAAUAAUAUACUGCCUGAGGAACAAAGAAGUCAAAGGGGCUUUGAGAAAAUAUUUCCAGAGAUUUUAUUUCAUGACUUACUGA